UGCUCUUCGGACGCUGAGCUGCAGCUUUACUCCAUCAUCUCUAGUAAACAUUAGGUUCCAAUAAUAUAUUUCACAUUUAACCAAACAAUUGAUCCCUGCUGACCGAUUCGAUUCUUCUCUACCGAAGUAACAUCAUUUAUUUCCACCAGCGUCAGAAAAAGGAUCAACAAACAUGUUCUACACUUGUGGUCCCAAUGAAGCCAUGGUGGUGUCAGGUUUCUGCCGUUCUCCUCCGGUGAUGAUCCCCGGAGGCCGAGUGUUUGUCAUCCCCUGCAUUCAGAAGAUACAGAGGAUUUCUCUGAACACUCUGACUCUGAAUGUGAAGAGCGAUAAGGUCUACACCCGCCACGGGGUGCCCAUCUCUGUAACUGGGAUCGCUCAGAUGAAGAUCCAAGGCCAGAACAAGCAGAUGCUGGCUGCAGCCUGUCAGAUGUUCAUGGGGAAGUCUGAGGCUGAAAUCGCUCAGAUCGCCCUGGAGACGCUGGAAGGACACCAGCGGGCAAUCAUCGCCCACCUGACUGUGGAGGAGAUCUACAAGGACAGGAAGAAGUUCUCAGAGCAGGUUUUUAAGGUGGCGUCCUCUGAUCUGCUCAACAUGGGGAUCAGCGUGGUCAGCUACACCCUUAAGGAUGUCCACGAUGAUCAGGAUUAUCUGCACUCGCUGGGAAAAGCUCGAACCGCUCAGGUGCAGAAGGACGCUCGCAUUGGAGAAGCUCAGAACAAGAGAGACGCAGUGAUCAGGGAGGCUCACGCUAUGCAGGUAAAGAUCUCAGCUCAGUACAAGAACGAGAUCGACAUGGCGAAGGCCCAGCGGGACUACGAGCUGAAGAAGGCGACCUACGACAUGGAAGUGAACACCAAGAAGGCCGAGUCAGAGAUGGCGUAUCAGCUUCAGGUUGCGAAGACGAAGCAACGCAUCGAGGAGGAGACGAUGCAGGUCCAGGUGGUGGAGCGGACGCAGCAGAUCAUGCUGCAGGAGCAGGAAAUCAUCCGCAGGGAGAAGGAGCUGGAGGCCAAGGUGAAGAAACCUGCAGAGGCUGAGCGGUACCGCCUGGAGAAGCUGGCCGAGGCUCAGCGUAUGAAGAUGAUCAUGGAGGCAGAGGCUGAAGCUGAGUCCAUAAGGGUUAAAGGUGAGGCUGAGGCGUUCGCUGUCGAGGCGAAGGGUCGUGCCGAGGCGGAGCAGAUGGCGAAGAAGGCCGAGGCCUUCAGCCAGUAUAAAGAUGGAGCCAUGGUGGACAUGCUGCUGGAGAAACUGCCUCUGAUGGCAGAAGAGAUCAGCAGGCCUCUGUGUGAGGCCAACAAAGUGACCAUGGUGUCCAGUGGAGGAGAUGUAGGAGCAGCCAAGCUGUCUGGAGAGGUUCUGGAAAUCAUGACUCGCCUCCCUGCAGCAGUGGAGAAACUGACCGGAGUCAACAUCUCUCAGGUUACCUCUCGGACCGGCUGAAGGGAAUCAAACCGAUGACCUUGCUUACAGAUCCGAUUUCUGUCUGUCUGCAUCUGUCUUGAUCCCCUGCUCUGAUCCUCUGUAGCUCCAUCCCUCCUGGUUUAUCAUGUUGAUCUUUUAGGAACCUUAUUUCCCCUCCAUAUUAUGGUUAAUGAUGUCGAGCUUUAUCUGAGAUAAAUGAUUAAACUACUGGCAUCACAUUUAUAGCUGAUGUUUAUGGUUUAAGUGGCAAAUGGUGCAAACUUCCUUCACUGUGUUAAAGUCUGUAACUACCCUUUACUUUGUUAGAUUACAGAAUCCAGACACUUUAGUGGUCUGUUCAGGUGUUUGCAGCACUAAAAAUAACUUUUUUAGUCAUUUCUAGAAGAGUUUAAAGCUUUUAAACCUUUAGUUUUUAUUUUUGUGGAUGAUUCAUUGGUCAAAGGAGAAUGAUUAAUCUGUAAAUGUUUUUAUUAGACUGAAAAGAGUCAAAGGAAACUGCAGAAAUCCAAAGAAGAACCUUCUGAAGGUUGAUAAAGACGGUUCUAAGGUCUGUUUGCUCAUAAAUGGAACUUAUAGAAAUAAAGGGUAGCUCAGACUUUUUCACAGGGCUGUUUUACUGCUUUAUUUUCAGAGGGUUAUGUUUACAGCACGUCUUUUUAUAUGUUUACCAUCUUAAUAUGCAAUUUUUUUCUCUCUUCAGUUAAACACUUUUAUCAUGAUAGAUUUAAUCUAACUGCAGAUUUUAUGGCUCUUUUCUGAUUAAUCGAUCUUUGUGAUGAAGAAAUACUCAACAAAUGUAGCUCAUUAAAGUUUGUUUUUUUAAGAUUCUUUUCUUUCUUUCAUUUUCUGCCACUUGCUUGUUUUUCGGUCCCCCCUAUGUGCUUAAACCAGGCCUGUGUGUGUUUACCUCUAACACUGCCCCCCUCCCUGUCUACUGCCUUGCUGCCAAACCUUAAGUGCAUCUUAGCAUGGACGUCUCAUACUAACAUGAAAACAUCCUCUUCUCAAUUUCAACAGGUUUUUUUUUUUUAUCUUUUCUCUGAUGGUCAGAAUUAUUUAUUUACUCAUUUAGGUUUUUCUGAAAGUUGAACAGAAAUGUUCAAGUCAGUCUAUAAUCAUUUGUGAUCUGAUUGCUUUUUGUUCUUUAUUUGUUUGGUUUUAAGAGCAGGAUAAGUUCCUCCAGGUUCACCAAACCUGCUGCAAUUUCAAUCAGACUUUAAACGAUGCAAAUACAUCUUCUGCAAGAUUUUUCCAGCUACAAAAUGUUUGAUGAGAAAUUCUGUAUUAAUCA